AUGGUUGCUCCCUUAUCAGCUUGGCCAUGGGAAAACUUGGGUGCCUUCAAGGUACAGAUACAGAAGCUAUGUUUUCUUUUGGAUUUUGACUGUCAAUUGUUUUUGUGUUUGGAACAGUAUCUACUCUAUGGGCCUUUCCUUGGAAAAGUCUUGUUUUCAAGACUUCAAGACAAUUCAAUGACUGAAACUUGGUGUCUACAUGUUCUCAUUUUAUGUGCACUUAGAGGUUUUAUCUAUCAAUUAUGCACCUCUUUCAGUAACAUGCUCUUCCUUACCCGAAAUCGCCGGAUUCUUCAACAGGGUGUCGAUUUCAAGCAGAUUGACCAAGAAUGGGAUUGGGAUAAUUUCCUGAUUCUUCAAGCUCUGAUUGCUACUUUGGCCUUCUACAUGUUCCCAAUCCUUGCCAAUCUUCCUGUGUGGAGCACAAGAGGCUUCAUUGCCAUUAUUAUACUUCACGUUUUGGUUUCAGAGCCCCUAUACUAUUGGGCUCAUAAAUGUUUUCAUGGAAGCUAUCUUUUUACCCAUUACCAUUCACUCCACCAUUCAUCACCUGUUCCUCAGCCCUUUACUGCUGGAAAUUCCACGUUGUUGGACCAUGUUGUAUUAGCUGCAGUGACUUGGAUUCCAAUACUGGGGACUUGUCUGAUUGGAUGUGGAUCAAUAAGUAUGAUCUACUGUUAUGUGCUGCUCUUUGAUUUACUAAGAUGUUUGGGCCACUGCAACGUUGAAAUUAUUCCUCAUCAGAUUUUUGAGAUCUUUCCCCUAUUGCGAUAUCUUAUCUACACCCCAACAUACCACAGCCUACACCACAGAGAGAUGGGUUCCAAUUAUUGCCUUUUCAUGCCCCUUUACGAUGCAUUGGGAAACACCCUCAAUAGCAAAUCAUGGGAGCUACACAGGAAGAUAAGUCUAAGUUCAGGUGAAAUUGGGAGGGUACCAGAUUUUGUGUUCCUGGCCCAUGUGGUGGACAUUACAUCCUCCAUGCACGUCCCCUUUGUUUUCCGAUCGAUCGCCUCGAUGCCAUUCACUACCAGACUUUUCAUGGUGCCUUUAUGGCCAAUAGCUUUUGUGGUGAUGCUGGUGAUGUGGGCAAAGGCUAAGACCUUCUCGAUCUCAUUCUAUAACCUUAGGGGUCGGUUGCACCAGACUUGGAUUGUUCCUCGGCAUGGUUUUCAGUAUUUCUUGCCAUUUGCUGCUGAGGGCAUAAAUAACAAAUAG